UUUUCCCUAGCAGUUUCUAUGGUUUAAUGGUUGAUUUGACCACCAACCAAAAGUUCACUUUUCUGCUGAACUUCAUUUUGCUUUUUCGCCAUUAGUGUCUGGGAACACUGGAGCCCCUACUAUAGAGUUUGAGUGCUCCUGGCUCAUUGGUCACCCUAUGAUCUCCUCGCUUUCUGCCACAAAGACCACCUCACUGCAUUCCAGCCGACAGGCUCCUCUAUUCCUGCAGGGGUUCAAAAACGAGGAGAACUUUAGUUCAGAGGAGCACCUGGACGUGGGAUACGGCGACCAUUGGCUGCGUGUGGAUUAUCGAUAGUUGCUGAGGGGAACGGCUUUGCUGACAUUAAUUAUUUAUAGGUUCCUGUUAAGCGGCGGGGAUGCGAGAGAGACGCCGCAGCGGCGAGGAUCGCCCGCUCUGAACCGGAGGAGUCACCGGCAGAUGAUGUCCCAGCGUGAGAGUGUUUCCAGAGGAGACGGAGGAGAGCACGAAGGAGGAUGAAGAAGGAGGGAGAGGAAUCGAGAGCGGCAGAGGUGGGAUAUAAUGAAGUUGAGUGGGAAAGGACUGUGCACCGUGUGCUCCGGCGCCCUCCUCUUCGUGUGCGCCCUGAGCGAAGUUGUCGUUGGAUUAAGAUGCGUCUCGCUGGGAUCUACGGUGAAGGCGCACUUCCACCUGGGCGCCGCUGCCGGGGCUUUCUACUCCGGGCUCCUUGUGGGGAUCGGGCAGGUGCUCCUGGGCUCGGCGAUGGUCUGUUGCGUGCAGAAGCCCGGGUGCAGAAAUUUCUUCCUCCUGGGUGUUGUUGUCUUCUUGCUGGGGGUCCUCACCGCCUUCUCCGGCGCGGUCGUGGACGGGGACACGGCGUCGUUAGUGGAAAGGAAAUUUUCCCACUACUGCUUCCACUCUGUUUUUGUGAACUCUGCCUGUCAGCAGCUGAGGGAGUACCAGCGGACUCUGGUCAUCUCCACUGUUCUCAGCACUUUGGAGUGCCUCCUGGGGCUCCUCAACCUGGUCAUAAUCAAACGCUACAAGGCGGAGCAGUUUUCUAGGAGCAGGCAGCGGCAGAGGCAGAGCAGCGGGGCGAUCGUGUUCAGCGAGGAGCGGGACUGCUCCUCCGCGGGGCUCCAGCCGGUGUCCUACAUCAACCUGGGUGUUUUCACCGUGCUGGACGAGACGGGGGCCGAGGUGCAGCGCGGGGGACAUCCGUCCAUCGAGCUGCCCGGAUACUGGCCCUGGGACCCGGAGCUCAAUCACUGCUUCCCGUUUUCAUACCCGAUCCCCAGCGAACUGCCGCCCGCGUACGAGGACAUUUUUCCCGCUGAGGCAUGCAACACAUAGCCGCUCUGGAGCAGCUCCCGUCUCUGCGGUGACAAUCACUGACUUUUUUUGCUUAAACAACCCCCCCCCCCCGUCCCCCCCAACAUAACAGUAAGUUACAGAAGAGGUUUUGUGUCAGAUGACCCCCCCUUACUCUCAUGUUUUCUGGUCACAUAUGGAGCCAGAGAAAAACAGGUAAAAGUGGCAGCCUACGGGCCAUGACAGUGCAGACACAUUCAGGUCCAUAAACGCAACAGUUUGCGGGAAUGAAUACAGUCGCAGUUGAUGUUUUCUGAAUGGCUGCUGUUAAAGUUUUUACUUGUGAAUAAAAUGUGUAUUUAACCUCA